AUGAAUGUUGAGGUGGAGGAAGAAAAAGAGGGAGAGGAAAGAGAGAAAAGCAUAGGACGAGACUGUGAAAGAUUGAAGCAUGCAUUGGUAACUGUUGGACUUGCAGACAGAGCCAGAUCUUCAGAGUCUCCCAGAGUCUGCUAUAUAACUGCCCCAUCAGAAGUUGUGAACAUCUUGACUUGUGAGGUGAUUGAUGGUCUGAGUUCUCUCAUGGUGUCAGGAUCAGAGGAGCUGGUCAGCACUGUUCUCCACAUACAAAACUCCAGCCAUGUCAAAUGUCCCUUCCCACUCACCAUAGCAGUGCCAUUCCAGGCGAGUUACCGUGGGAACUACAGAGAGAUCACCGUGAAAGUGGUGGAUCCAGAGCAAAGAGUUAGCUAUGUCACACCAUCUACUGAAGGCUUCUAUGGGGGUCAAAGGGGUUGGUUUGCAGUGGUGCGGGUGUACUCUCUGGGUGUGUUUGCAGUUCUGUCCCGUUUGAGGACGGAGACUUUACUGUCUCACAGACUCGGUGUGGACUCCAGAAUAUGCCUCGACUACUUGCCUGGAUCCUUCACCGCACCAGUUGUCGCUCAAGUGACGGUACAUUUAUUCAGAAUUUCUUUUCAAUCAGGUACAGCCUUUGUUUUAUCCUCUCUUAAAUCCAAAAAUGAUUCCUACCACGCUGCUCUCACAUCAACCCCCUUACUUUACCUAAGUCAUCCAUCAACCCUGAAACUCAGACGACCUUUGACACUCAUCCUGCCCUGUCCUCCUAUCUCUGAGAAGAGAAAAGCUGGCGAAGACACUGACAGACCCACUCUUAUAUCAGGCACUUUCUCACCCCAGCAGAUUAGAUAUUUUUUUAAAUCAGUUAAAGAGUGUAAAGAGCAGCUGGUUGUGCUGGGCUGGAUAGAGAACCGUUGGAAGGUACUGGAAGUCAGUGUAAAGAACCUACAGAACAGCUUGGUCUGUUUUGAGCUACCAGAGAGCUAUGAAAGGUUAAUAGUCCUUCGCCUUCAAUCUUCUGUAAAAUCUUCCUACCUGACUUCAUUAGUUGAAGAACUGGAAGAAGCUGUAAAGAUCUUCUCAGUCACAGUUGUGCUCCAUCAUGAGCGUCUGGACCCCAGCAGUGUGGUUGUGGACACCCUGCCCAGUAGAGAUGUUAGCGCAGCGGUGUGUGAACUCCAGGCCCUGGGUUACUGUGGUCCUCCAGAGCCCUCGUCUGAACUCUCCAUGAGGGAGGGAGAACAGCUGCUGCUCCGGUUCAGCAGGAAUAUUACCUGCAAUGCAUUCUUUGACGAACUGAAACUUAAAGUCACAGCUUCAGCUUCAUACUCAUUGAUCCCACUCACUGCCAUUAUAAAGCUCGGAUGCGUCAGGAUAUUCAUUAAUAUAUUUCCGAUUGUGUUCCUCUUAUUAAUUAAGAAAAACAAUCUUACUUAUUUAUACUUGUUUCUGUGUGUGUCUGUUGGAGAUCCCAUAGGUAAUGAACAAAUGGAUUCACACAUAAUCACAUUUCACAACCAAAGAAGAAACCGGCUGUUUUUGAGAUUAAAAGAAGUGGACCCCUCCAACUACAGCUCUCUUCACUACAAAGGCGUAACCAGUUUAUUCAAGGUCACCAAAGGUCAGCUGGUCUGGAAUGGUGACAGCAGCCGUGACUGUCCUCUAGAAGAGCCUGUCUGCCGGCUGCCACUCACUCUGCCCAAGGUGGAAGGCUGUGAAGGUGUUCUGUGCACCUGUGGACACACACAUGCUAACAGUGUUUGUCUUCCAGACCCUCCCUCGGAUGAGCUGUUAUCAUGGCUCUGUGAUGAGCUCACCGAAGAAGAUGCAGCACUUCUCGUUAUGUCUCUCCAUCUCUGUCGCUCUGCUGUCCAGAUUGCUCGACUCCAUGCACCACACAGCCUCUCAAAACAGGCCUUUCACAUGCUGACAGCAUGGAGGCGGGGCCUUCCUUCCUCAUGUCCGAAAUGCCCUAUGCUGGCCCACUGCUUGACCCGUGCAGGGAGGCCUGAUCUUGCCAGAGAGCUACUACUCAGGGAAGCUGCACAUUACAAAAUGGAGAAGAGAAAACCAAGAGAAACAUGAAAAUCAGGCAACCAGGAGGAGAGACCUGUGACAGUCAAUAUGCCUAUAAUAAAUUACAAACCCGAUUCCAAAAAAGUUGGGACACUGUACAAAUUGUGAAUAAAAAAGGA